CUUCACCUCGCCGCGAGGAGCGGACACGACGCGCUCGCGCGCCUGCUCAUAUCGCGCGGCGCCGACGUCAACGCGCGCGCGCGCGACGGAUGCACCCCGCUGCACCUCGCCGCCGGCGGCGGUCACGAGAGCACCGUGAAGCUCCUGCUCGAGCACCGCGCGGACCGACGGGCGAAGAAUAAAGAGUUUCUCACCCCAGACUACGUCGCCGCGAGAGCCGCGCACGCCGGCGUCGUCGAUCUCAUC